AAACUCAUUCAUGUUCCCUGAAGUAGACCGCCGUUUCGAGCAGUACGUUUCCCUCCGCUAUCAAAUUUUGAAUAAAACCCAGAACCCAGAACAACGCAGACAAAGUUAAACUUACAGUUGAUUCGACGAGAUAUAUACAAUAAUGGAGCUCCUUAAACUGGUACUGGUGUUUGGUUUGAUCGGUUUGUUGUGCAAGGCCAUAGAUGCUGAUCAAAACGUUGAAACGGAGAAACAAGUCAGUUUUAGCGUGAUUGCGGUUUGGCGAAGCUACAACAAAAAUGCUUGUCCAUGCACAUGUCCGGUUGAAGAUGCACCAUGGUUGAAAGGUAUUGAAGGGCAUUAUAACGGAUGCCAUGAUGCUGUAGAUAAAUUCUGUGGAAAAGCGAAGGAGGCAGGCGAUGUCGCUGUGCGCUCAUUGAAAGAAUACUUUGCUAAGUUGAUAUAUUUCACCGAUUCCAAUUCAACAAUUAUAACGACAGGCUCGACGGAAAUUUUAAAUUCCUUGAGUAAAUGCAUCAAUCUGAACAGUAAUGGCCUUAACAUCAUUGUUGAAUUCAACAAAGUUUUUCUAUCGAUCAUCGACGAUUUCGUCCGAGUCAUCAAAUCGUUAGAGGUUUAUAUCGGUGAUGAUCUGACAUGUUCCUUAACGGACUCCAUUAGAGAUCUUGGUCGCGAAUUUUCCAAGUAUAUGAACGAGUUUCUUAAAAGUUGUCGACUAUUUGGAUGCAGAAAGAAAAUUGACUACGAAUGUGUACUGAAACAAUUACAGAAACUAAUGAACAACGUGGCACUCAUUAACGAAACCCUACUGAACCAAUGUGAAGAAGCUACCCAACAAGUACGUGAAGCAGUUAUGGUUCUCGAUAUGCUCUAUUGUUAUGUGGCAAUUUCAGUUCAAGGCAUAUAUAGUUGUUCUCUAGAUGCACUGAAUUCUCGAGAUAUUGUCGUUUCAAAAACUGUUAAGUCGUCCUCGAUAUCAUUUGAGUAUGCGCUUGUAGAAGUUACACAAGCGAUUUGCGACAUCACUUUACCGUUGGGAGACAACAUCGCAGAACUGCUAACCGCGUUCGUUAACAUUACCAUGGCUUUGAAUUCCACGUUAAAAAGCAUCUUUGGACUGGUGGGUGGCCUCGGAUUAACUGUUGGACAAAUAGCCAAAAAUUUAUUGGGAGGUGUUGCAACCACCUCAACCGUUACACAAGAGCGAACUAACAUCUUGAAGGGUGUGGUUCGCAAUUAAAAUGAUCAAAUUUUGUGACUAAAAUAGGGGCCUUGUAAAUGCAAUCAAAAAUGAGUG